UAUGUUGGAGGGUUUGACCGGACGUGUGGAGGUUUGUUGCGGGACACUUGACCGCGGUGUCUCGCGCCCUCUGUGCGGCGGAGCAGCGCGAGCAGCUCAGCUGUUUGAACCUGGCGGUCUGAGUCCAGAUUCAAACUUUUAACUUUAAUAUUAGUUAUAGUUCAGUGUGUUUUUAACAAAUGUUGGGUUCCGCUUCGGGUUUAUUUUUCUUCCCGGCGCCCCUCAUGUUUCCCCGGAGCGGAAUGUGAGUGUCGGCUGUUAAACUCGGAUUUACGGCUCUAGUUCUGGGCUGUCGUGUCGCGGGUGAACCGGAGAAAGAACCGGGGCCGACCCGGCAUCACCCGUCCGGUCCCGGUGACGGUGUUUGGAGCCAAACGGAACCCGCAGACCGGGUUAAAAUGCCGGGGAUCGGAGGACUAGUUCUUCUGAGUCUCUGUCUAAACCUCCGCACAUGCCGGGGCUUCCCACACCAGCUGCCCGACCUCAGCGACGAGCCGCCCGGCCAGUUCUCCCUCACCGACCCGCUGCUGGACUACGACCGGCUGGAUGAGGAGCUGGGAGGCGGCGGGCGGCGGAGCUGGAACGGGACCGGCGGGGCGGAGGGCUGCGGGCCGUGUGAGCCGGACCUGUGUCCGGAGAACCGGGGCUGCCGGGCCGGCCUGGUGCUGGACUCCUGCGGCUGCUGUAAGGAGUGCGGGAACCUGGAGGGCCAAGCCUGCGACCCGGGGGACCGCAGCGUCUUCUACGGGCUCUGCGGGACCGGGCUGCGGUGUCAGGCGGAUCCGCGGCCCGCAGGAGGAGAAGAGGAGGAGGAGGAGGAGGAGGAGGUGUGUGUGUGUGCGGAGCAGGAGGCGGUGUGUGGCAGCGAUGGAGUAACAUACAUGAACAUGUGCCAGUUCAGAGAGACCGCUUUCUCCAAACCAGAACUCAAGACCAGAGGGAGGGGGCCCUGCAAGACAGUUCCCAUCAUUAAGGUUCCUCCUCACAGUCAGGUGAAUGGGACCGGCAGCAGUCUGGUGUUCCUCUGCGAGGUCUUUGCGUUUCCCAUGGCUCUGGUUGAGUGGAGGAAGGAGGGACGAGACGUCGUUCUGCCCGGAGAUGACCCCCACAUCUCAGUCCAGUCUCGGGGCGGCCCUCUGAAAUUCGAGCUCUCCAGUUGGCUGCAGAUUGAGGGGGCCGGGCCGGAGGACUCUGGAACCUAUCGCUGCAUCGCUCGUAACAACAUGGGCUCUGUGUCGGCCUCUGCUGUGCUGGGAGUACUGGGAGCAGAGGAGCUGUCGUCCUACCUGGCCAAUAGUCAGUCAGAGAUGAAGCAGCUGAUGGACGCCACAGACUACGACCGGGACUUUUACUGACCCACCUGUGAUGUCACUUCCGGUCACCUGAAACCAUCUGGCUUCCUGUCUGUCCGGCCGUCAGUGGGAUCAGAGCUGAGCAGCAGAGACAGUAAAUGCAUCAUCGUAUCACGCUCAGCUGAUGGACUGCACAGACUUUUGUCGGCCAUUUUGUGGCAGCAGUUUGGCGUCCCUCCGAUGACAUCAUGAGACUCGGAGGUCAGACAGAUGAUCAUCUACUGUGUUUUCAGCGAUAUACUAAAAGAUAUUAAAAUAUUGAUCAUAUUAUUCUCACUGUAUCCUCACGUCGCCCUGACAUCACAGUGACAUCACACCGGGCUGUGACACGGAGGCUCAGCGUGUUGAACGUGUUGUAGACGUUGCAGGUUCGAGCCCGAGCCUCCUGUCAGCUCCGUCGGUGUGAAACAAACUUUAUCUUAUAAAUAAAUGUAAAAAAAAUAACAAA